AUGCUUGUGCUCGGAAGCAGCCUGAUGAGGACGCUGGCCCCGCGGGCUCUGGCGCGUCAGGUGUGCUCAUCUUUGACUACUGACCACAGACAACCAGAAGGAACAUUCUAUGAGUUUUGUACUUACUAUCUUAAACCCUCAAAUGUGGAAGAGUUCCUGUACAAUUUUAAGAAAAAUGUUCAUCUUCGGACAGCUCACUCUGAAUUGGUUGGAUAUUGGAGUGUAGCAUUUGGAGGCAGAAUAAACACAGUAUUCCAUAUUUGGAAGUAUGAUAGUUAUGCUCACCGUGCUGCGGUGUACAAAACCUUGGCCAAGGAUAAGGAAUGGCAACAACGAUUCCUCAUUCCAAAUUUGCCUUUCAUUGAUAAACAAGAGAGUGAAAUUACCUACUUGGUACCAUGGUGCAAAAUAGGAAAGCCUCCGAAGGAAGGAUUCUAUGAACUGGUUACUUUUCUCAUGAAACCCGGUGGCCCAGCUCUAUGGGGUGACGCAUUUGAAAGGGCAGUAAAUGCCCAUGCUAAUCAAGGCCACAUUAAACUAAUUGGUGUGUUCCAUGCAGAGUAUGGAUUGCUCAACAGAGUUCAUGUUCUGUGGUGGACUGAGAAUGCAGACAUUCGGGCAGCUGGGAGACAACAAGCACAUGAAGAUCCCAAACUCGUGUCUGCUGUUCGGGAAAGUGUCAACUACCUAGAUACUCAGCAGAAUAUGUUCCUGAUUCCGUGGUCGUUUUCACCACUGAAAUAG